GGAACUCGUCACAGAGGAAACUCCCACAGACUUCUCGACAGUGUUUGUGAGGAGCUGGCUGACAAGAAGGAAGCAAUAGUGACAGACGGACAAAGGAAAUCAUGUAAGGCCUACCCGACCUCCCCUCUCAUUAACAGUAAAGUUUCCUGAGACCAGCUCAGAAAAAAUAAAAGGGGGUGGGGGGUGGGGGUCUCCUAGCAGUGUCUGUCCCCAGGAAUGAUGCUUCUCUUCUGGCUUAUGCUUUGGACAAUGCUUCCUCCUCUGGCUCACUUCUCUGAAGAUAGCUGUACCGUCCAGGAGAGCUUACAGAACAAGUCUUCAUUGCUGGAAUCCUUAAAGUGCUAUAAUGACUACAAAUCCUAUGUCCACUGCGAGUGGAGUCAACACACAAACACGACGCUGCAGCUCUGGUUCAAGAAACAAAAUGACAGCAAGCAGUGUUUGCCUUAUGGUAAUGCAAGCCAGCACAGGAGGUUCCAGUGUAGAUAUGAAACUCGGGCAUUUGCCAUUAGCAUCAAGCACACUGUCUUCUUCCUCAAAAAUAAGACAGAGACCAUCUGCUCAUCUGUUCCACACAGGCCUCUGAAUCUUUCUCAGCACUUAAGAGCUCACCCACCAGUCAAUCUGUCCACACACGUUGAAGGUGAUGGAGGCCAGCACCUCACCUGGUCCAGCUUCUACCCCUCCACCUCCUCCCUGAACAAAAACAUCAUGUAUCAGCUCAGCUAUAGGACAGAAACACAGGACAACUGGACGACUGAGGAUGUCACAAACACCAGUAUGAAACUAGAGAAGCAAUUGUUGCUUCCGGGUCGCAGGUAUGAAGCCAGGGUGAGGGCCCGGGUCAGCGUGGGUCAGUGGAGCCACUGGAGUCCUGUGGUGACCUGGCACACUGAAGAAGAUGCUGGGCAGUUUCCCAGUUUGCAUUGUGUGCUGAAUGGAGAGAAGGAGGUGAUGUGUAGCUGGGAGGUGGACAGAGAGCUGGCUCACUUCAUUACGUACCAGCUGGCCUGUCGACACAACCAAACUGCACCGUCUAAGAGAUGUUGUGUGAACCCAACAGUCACUUCUGACCCCAGCAGGACAUCGCUGAAGUACAGCUGCUCACUGACUGUCACAGACCCUGCACAUCUGCUGCUAGAGCUGCAACCAACACGCAAUGCCAAGAUUUUUAUGUCCGUAGAACACAUUCGACCCGACCCACCGCAGCAGGUAAAGGUGGAGGACAAAGGCAAACACUGGAUGUUUCAAUGGAAAGAUUCAAUCACAGCUUCAAAGGUCAAACUGCAUUAUCAGCUCUGCUAUUACAGGACAGAGGAUGAGGUAUCUGUCCUGAACAUUUCAGAGGGGUCCACGUCUUUGACCAUCCUGGAUGCUUCUCUGGUCCCGUCCCAGCACUACCAGGUCAAGGUCCGGUCUCUGAUCGUCUCUGAAAAAGAUUCCAAAUUUAGGGGAAUCCCCUCUGAAUGGACUAAACCUGUGGCGUGGAUCUCACACAAGGCCACCUGGUCUCUAGCCACCCUGAUCUAUUUGGCCAUCAGCGUGGUUGUGGCCACAGUCUUCCUCACGCUCUACUGCACCAUUCCAGCUUGUCAAAGGAGGGUCAUUCUGUGGGUGGACUCAGUUCCUUCUCCAGGCAAAAGCAAAAUCCUGUCUGAGAUCAAGUCUGCCACCAGCUGGACCCUCAUGCAGAGUGAAAACACGUCCAUGUGCAAAGUGCAGCACUUCGACAGCAUAUCAACAUGGUACUCUUCAGACGCUUCGCUGUGGCCGGCAGAGGACAGUGAAAAAAAGUGUUUGGAGCAGGAUGAGGGCUGCUGGAAGUGUGAUAACCUGCCCCCCCCUGCUGAGGGGCUUACCAGCUCUGACACAUCCUCCAUGAGCUUCAGCGGGCCGUACAUCUUCUGUCAGGCAUCAGAACGAAGCUGCAAGUCAAUGGAUGUCAAGUGUGAAGAGGAAGAGAAAGAAAGCCCCUCAGAUGACACUGCAUCUCCUUCCCCUGUGAAUUUCGCCCUUUACGGGGGAGGUUAUGUGUGUCUGCCCAGUCGCAAUGUCUCCAGGUCCACACAGGAUCUUGUAUCUCACACCGAUGCCAACACAAACACAAGCAGGCACGAAAGCACUGAGCAGGACCAACAGCGUCCAGAUAAGACAUAUGUCCAGCUGGGCCUCAGCGAGCCCACCAGCAGCCAGCAGCCUCCACCGGCCUACACGCCAGGACCUUUCACUCCCUGGCCUCAAGGGGGCAUCAUACAGGCCUCAGGGUACUGCCACCUCCCUAUACCCCACAUGAGAGCAGAAAAGUAACCUGCAGUACUUAAAGGGAGAGGACAUCAAGGAGGCUUUCUCAGCAGAUAAAACUAUUUCAUGUUUGCUUUUUUCAUAAGCUUUCCACUUUAUUUUAAGCUACUUGUGCUUCCAUGUGAAAAAAUGCAACCAUGUUAAUCUGACCUAACAUCAGGUUGGUUGGCCGACCAAUGGAGGGCAGUAGUGAGCUGAGCCUGUGAGUAAAUGUAAGGGAUGGACAUUAUUACAAAUAUACACAUAAUAUAAAGAUCUUAAACUAUAUAUUUUUGUAAGCAGGGAAGAAUGUAAAACGUUGCACACAUAAUCUAACCACAGAUUCUCAAGAACUGUGUUGAAAUGUUGUCAUUUUAUUACUUCCUCAAAUUAAUUUAAUCCUCAUUGCUGAGGUAAAAAGCUUCAUUAUGACAGCUGCAUUUCAUGGGGAAACAAGUGUGUGACUUUGCUGACUGCCAUGUUCACUGUGGUCAUGUAUGCACUUUUGCACAGGGGUGUGUAAGUUAGGACCUUGUUGUCAAUGUUGUAGCCUAUGUGUUGCUGAAUAUAUGUUAUCUACACGUUGAUGUGCUGGUACUGCUAUGUUGUGUUCAAGGCAUCAUUUAAAAUGAGAUGACAACAUACUGGAAAUAUAUUAAAGUUACUUUUCAGGAAUGCCAUGUCCUUCAGCUUGUGUUAUUUGCACUACAUGUUUUUUUUUUAUAUUCAGUUAUGAAUGAGUAAUCUGAGUGAAAUAAUGUACGUUUGAAAUAUUUGCUGCACGUUUGUAUUGUGAUAGUAAAAUUGUCACAAAUAAUAUUUGUC